AUGAAAUUUGAAUUUUUACCAAAUGAAUUAUUACUUCAAUGUUUUCAAUAUCUCAAUGCACCAGAUAUAUUUUAUUCAUUUGAUCAAUUAAAUUCUCAUUUUUCUACACUUAUUCGAAAUAUUCCAUUAUAUUUAAAUUUUUAUCAAAUGAAAAAAUCUUUAUUUAAUCAUUUUUGUCAAAUAAUUCUAUUAAAUCCUGAAAUAAAACAAAAAAUUAUUUAUUUACAAUUAUCAAAUGAUGGAACACCUGGUCAAAUUGAACAUUUUCUUUCAUUAUUUUCAUUAAAUAAAUUUCUUAAUCUUCGAUCAUUAUCAUUAAUUAAUUUAAAGAAAAAUAAUACAAAACAAUUAUUAUCAAUCUUACCAUUUUUAUCUAAUUUAUAUUCUUUUUCUUUUACUGGUACAAGUAUUGAACUAUUAGAAAUAAUAUCAAAAUCAAAAUUACGGAUAUUAACAAUACCUCAUUUGGAAUUGAAAUCAACAUCUAUUAAUCAAACAAUAACAGGAAUAACAUCAUUAAUCAUAACUGAAUCUAAGUUUGAUAAUUUUAAUUUAUUUAAAUUAUUUGAAUAUGCACCAAUGUUAAAAUAUUUAAAUAUUCAAACAUUAGAAAAUUCAGAGAUGAAUAAAUACAAUGAACUGAAAAAAACUGCUAAUUAUUUAAAAGAAUUAAUUAUAAAUGAUUGUAAAGCUACAUUUGAAAAUCUUGAAUUAUUAUUAAAAUAUACACCGAAUUUAAAAAUAUUUUCAAUAUUUAUUGCUAAUAAUAUGGAUAUGUUCGAUGCUAUUCGUUGGCAAAAACUUAUUGAAACAUCAUUAAAACAUUUAUCAGUUAUCAAAUUCCAUUUUCAAGAUAAGAAAUUUGAUAAGCCAAUGCAAAAAUUGAAUAAAUUUCAACCAUUUCAAAAUGAUUUUUGGCAUAAACAACAUCAAUGGUAUACGAAUCUAGAAAUUUAUACUCGUACUUCAACAAUUUAUACAAUUCCAUAUGAAAAAGAUAAUUAUGAAUUAGCAUGUAAUACCGAUAAACAUGGUUAUUUAUGGAUGAAAAAUUCCAAUGUAUUUGAUAAUGUUAAAACAUUAACUUUAACACCAAAAUUAAUUGCAAAGAAUUCGAAAUGUUAUUUCAAAAAUGUUGACUCAUUAAUAUUAACACGUCAUUCAGAUGAAAACUAUGAUGAAGAUGAAGAUGAUGAUGAUGAUGAUGAUGAUGAUGAUAAACCGGAUUUAAAAGCAACAGAAAUUAAAUUACUUCGUACAAUUGUUAAUCUAUCAAAUAUCAAACAUUUAACAAUUGAUGAAGAAUUUUAUUUGACUCCAUCAUUAUUGUUAGAUUUAUUAAAAGAAUUACCGAAUGUUUCAUCAUUAAAAAUCGAUGAAGAACAGUUGAUGAAGUUUGUCAAAAAUAAUCAAUUAUGUAAAUAUUUAAAUAAAAAUAUUAAAAAAUUAGAUAUUUCUACUAGUGAAUGUUUGGAUGAAAGAAUAUUUUUAAAUAAAAUUAAGAUGUUAUUCUCUCAAGUAUUUUCAAAUAUCGAACAAUUUACAUGUGAUUAUAUGAAACAAGUUGAUGAUUUAUUAGUAAUAUUGAAAGAAUGUUCAAACUUAUCAAUAGUAAAAUGUGAAGUAAUUAGUAAACCUGUAAAUUCAUGGAUUCAAAUUAAUGCAUCAAAAUUAGAUGUUUAUUUUGAUUUUAAAUCCGUUAAUGAAGAAACUGAUGACGAAGAAUAUAAUGAUGACGAAGAAUAUAAUGAUGACGAUGACGAUGAAUAUGACUAUGAUGAUGAUGAAGAAUAA